AUGCGCUUCUCACGAGCAGCGGCCUAUGCCGCGUUCGCAGGAUGUAUAGGCGCGGGCGUGGCACACAACAUCGCCCUGAAAGCGCAUACGAGGGAGUGCUUCCACGAAGAACUGCACAAGGACGACAAGAUGACGGUGACGUUUCAAGUGGGCGACCGGGAGUUUGGCGGCGCAGGAAACCUGGAGAUUGAUUUCUACAUUACCGACCCUUCAGGUUCAUACGAGACAAAGCUCAACUCCGUCUCAUCCGGGGACUAUUCGUUCGAAGCCCGCAUGGACGGCAAAUAUGUCUACUGCUUCAGCAACGAGCACUGGUCGGCAAAUAGCAAGGAGGUAUCGUUCAACGUCCAUGGCAUUGUAUACGUGCCCGAAUCAGAGGCUCCCCAAGAUCCGCUCGAGACAGAAGUGCGCCAACUCUCCGACCUCCUCGCCCAAGUGAAAGACGAACAGGCAUACAUUGUCGUCCGCGAACGAACGCACAGAAACACCGCCGAGAGCACGAAUUCAAGGGUCAAGUGGUGGUCAAUAUUCCAGCUGGGCGUGUUGAUAGGAGAAGGGGUCUUUCAAGUCUGGUGGUUGAAGCGGUUCUUCGAGGUGAAUAGCCGGCCCCUUCCAUAA